AUGGCAGAUCGACCGACUUUACCUGACGGCUCGUCGCAGAAACACAAUGAGUUGUUCAAUAAACUACCCAACGACAAUGUGCGGCGUGGGUAUCUGUUGUACUACGGAGAAUACAAGGGCGGGAUCAAAGAGGCUGGUGUGCUUUCACGAGUAUGGAAUAAGAUAACAUCCGCGGCGCAACAGGAAUACAUCAACCGUGCCACAUCCGGGGCGGUCAGUCAUGCGUCAGAUGGCGAGAUUGAGAGCGGAGAAGAGUCGUCUAGGAAAAAUCCCCAAGAAGCGAUCAAUGGAGGCCGUAUGCAGGCAGAAUCGGGAGCCCGAGAAAACAAUGAUCGCGGCAUAGAAGAACCGUUGCAUGGAAUAGCGACACCUGCUGAGGCUGUCAACCCGGAACCAUCGAAUGAGACAGAAACGUCUGCUUACGAGCCUAGUGAUACCGAGAUCGCAAUAGCAAGGGUCGGUCUUACCGAAGCAGAUACUAGUAGAGCAGCACCUCCCCAGACCAGGAAAAGAGGCCGCGACGAAGAACAUGACAACGGAACGCAAGUAUGGCAAUGGUGCAAGACGCUGAUGGACUCUCGUACUAGAUUCAGUGGGUCCAGAGAGAUGCGCACAGUGGUAUGCUUGUACGUGCUCUGCGAUGAAACCGGUAGGAUAUUGAAAAGGAAGGUAUGCAAGAGGAUACGUUGUGGCUCGCAGAAAAUGGUGAAUUUUGUCGAAGAUGAGUACAAUAUCAGUCGACAACUGGAGCUUUGUGAUCAUUGCCAUCACAUCGAGGCAGCCUCUCAACAAGAAGGUACGCUGAACUAUCGCUUGUACUCUGAUUACGCCGAGCACGGAGAUCUGAGCAAACUUCUCAAAGUUUAUUACCAGGAAGAGAAUUUGGUCAAGCAAAUACCCGAGCAGUUUAUAUGGAUGGUGUUUCAUGCGCUGGCCGACGCCAUAUGUGCCCUGAACACGGGGUUGUGCGGAGAGACGGUGGACGAAGACAAGACGGCAGAAGGAGCAGAUAAUGGCCCAGAAUUCGGAAGGGAGGGACAAAAGACAAAGAAAGGAAAGCGAGGUGGAAACAAGCCAAGAAAGAAGUUCGCGAGCAGCAUGGUGCACUUGGAUGUCAAACCAGCGAACAUCUUUCUCAGUACCGCUAAAGAACCCUACCUAGCGUACCCAAAAACUCUCCUUGCUGACUACGAUGUCGUCAAGACGAUUUCACCAAGCACAGAUGCUUUGGAGGGUAGGAAAGAUUGGGGUACAAAAGGAUUCCAGGCUCCAGAAAUCAUAGUAGAGACAGCACAUGAUCAUGCUGUCAAUGCCAAAGCAGAUAUUUGGUCGCUUGGGAUGGUCAUCUGGAAACUGAUGCAUACUACGCUUGGAAAAGAGACGUCGGACCAGAUAUGCGAGGACUGCAUCAAAGCUUCGUUCCAAUUUGCAGAAGGCAAUACGUUCACAUCGACAGACAUUCCAGGUUACGAUGCAAUGUAUUCCAAUGCCUUGCACCAACUAGUAACCGAAUGUCUGCAGAUCAAUCCGGAGAAGCGACCAGGUUACGGAAUGUUGAGAAAGAAGGCAAAAGCGGAGUUCGAGAGAUCGCAGAGGCGGUUAGGCCCGGUCUUGUCGUGUGAUAAGAUGGGUAGUGAUAUUGCCGGUCACCUCCGGGUUCUCAGGAAAGAAGAGUUGGAGUAUAAACUAGGGGAUAUGUUUGUGGAGCCUUUGAGCAAGAGGAGAAAGACUCACGCGCCUGCGGAAUAA